AUGCUCGAAGCCUUGAAGCAGGCUGUGGCGAAGUUGUUCCAGACAGGUGACUGGAAGCAGGUUGUCGCUGGCGUUUCCACCCUUACAAUGAUUGCGGAAUACGUGGAUGAUGAGGCCACUGUGGCCCAGAUGCUGCAGGGCAUUAAGAUGCAGCUGGCAGCGACUCACGCGCGAGUUCGCUACACGGCCUGGGGUGCAAUUGCACAGUUUUCAGAGGAUCACACAGAUGUGCUCAACUCAGAGGCUUGGACAUCGCAGCUGCUCCCAGAAUUCUUAAAAGGUCUUGACGAUACCUGCGAGCGAGUGUGCCUUCGCUGCAUGGAGGCCUUCCAGCACUUUGGUGAGUCUGUGGAGCGCGAGGACCUGGAGCCUUUCGUCCAGCCCAUGAUGGAGAAGCUUGGCUCCAAACUGCAAGGCAACGUAAAAAGACAGAAGAAGGCGAUUACGUUCAUCGCAGUCAUUGCUGGACAGGUCGACGAUGCCUUCGCUCCAUACUACGGACAUCUUAUGCCUUUGUUGAAGCAGGUCAUCGAGAACACUUUGCACAAGACAGAGGAGCGGCAGCUGUUGGGCAAAUGCUUUGAAUGCAUUUCCCUCCUGGCAAGAGCAGUCGGCCGGAAUGGAUUCCGCGCAGAUGCCGAGCAGAUCAUGCAGGCUAUGAUCCAGGCCACAAAGGUCCCGAACUUGCCCACCAACGAUCCUGUCAAGGAGUACAUGAUGGCCGCAUCAGAGAGAAUCUGUGCAACGAUGAAGCAAGACUUUCUGCCGUUUGUGUCGCACAUUCUGCCUGGAGUCCUGGAGAGGUUCACGCUGGCCCCGAGGGAGUUCACCGGUGGGGACGAGGUCGAUGACAACGAUGAAGUAAAUCUGACGCUCAUGCAAGAAAAUGGGCAGGUCAAAGUUAUGAUCAUGUAUUCAUCCGAAAUCCAGGACCUGAAAGCAGCACUGGAGUGUGUGCAUACGUUCGUGGAAGAGCUCGCAGCUGCGUAUGCCCCGUUUGUGGGAGAGACAGCCAAGGCCUUGCUUCCGGUCUUUGAUUUUUGCAUGGAGGAUGGCAUCAGGGAUCUGGCAUUCGAGACAUGGGGUCAGCUGUGUCGCAGCGCGCGACAAGGUGGUCAGGUUCAGAUUGUCAAUGAACUCGUUAUGGAGUUUCUGAAGCGAGUGCUUCCGAAAUUCGAAGCUGCGAAGGUGGAUGUGGCCGAACUCAAGACCAGCGCAGACGGAAUGACUGCUUGUCUAAGGGAAGCUGGUCCUGGAAUCCUCCACGCCGAGCAGUUGCGUCACAUUUGCCGCACAACGCUUAGUGCCCUUGCCGAGUCGCUAAAGCGGCGCUCCGAGGCAGCUAAGGGCAGGCCGGCACAAGUGCAGCAAGAUGAGGAUGGAGAGGACAAUGAUGACGAUGAAGAAGACGAGCAGGCACUGCGAACAUCCAUGUGUGAAGUGGCAGGGUCACUGAUGCAGCACCAUGCUGACAUAUUUAUCGCCGAGAGCUUUUCAGACUAUCUGACCUUGGUUGUUCAAUGGGUCCAACCUGGUUCGGCAAAAGAAGACAGACAGUUGGCGUUGUUCGUGAUCUGUGACUUCCUUGAACACUUGGGUGACAAGGUCGUUGCUCAAUGGCCGCAGUUUGUGCCAAAGCUUGUGGAGGACAUCCUGCACCCGGAUGCAGAUCUGCGUCAACCGGCGUGCUAUGGUGUGUCGCUGGCAGCAAAGUUGCAGGCUUUCGCGCCUUUGGCCCUGGAUGCAGCAAACAAACUCUCCCAGGUUGUGACCCAGUCCAGGCAAAGAACCAAGAAGAAGUCUGAAAAGGUUGCACAGGCUUGCGCCGACAAUGCGCUUUCUGCUCUUGUCGAGAUCCUGCUCGCCCAUCCGCAAGCAAUUACGUCUGUUCAGGCUCAGGCAUGGAAUGUUUGGCUGGGUGGCCUGCCUUGCCAGGAGGAUGAUGUUGAAGGCGUCCGAAACCACCGCAAACUUCUCGAGCUUCUUCAACAGGAGAAGGCUGAAGUGGUUGGCGAAGGAGGUGCGAAUGUUCCGAAGCUCUUCGGAAUUCUCGUUGAUGUGUACAAGACUGAUAUGACAGACGAGGCCACUUCCGCAAAUAUUGGCCAGUUUGCACUUCGGCUGGGUGAAUCGAAGCUAGAAAGCUUCGCUGCUCAGUUUAGCGAGAAGCAGAAGAAGAAGCUACUCAGAAUAGUGCGGGAGGCACGACAGAUGUGCAUAUUACCUGAAAGGUAUCGUCAGAAUUGCAGCCGCUGUGCAGGUUCUGGUGACAUUUCAUAA